AUGAGAAAAAGGCCACGUCCGGGAGAAAAGGAAUUAUUAGAGGACCUACGUGAGUUACUUUCGGAAAGUGAAGGCGAUGAUGAACCAAGACGAAGGCCCCCUCCAAGUGAUGAAGAUUCCGGAGAAAAACAAAAACAGGGUGAUGGUGAUGGAAGCCAAAAAGGUCGACCACGGGGUGGUAAGGGAAGACAAGACAAGAGGGAAGAGAGUGAAGGCGAUGACCAACCAAGACAAAGGCCCCCUCCAAGUGAUGAAGAUUCCGGAGAAAAACAAAGACAGGGUGAUGGUGAUGGAAGCCGGAGAGGUCCACGACGGGAUAGAGAAGGUGACAAGAAGGAG